AUGGUGGAACCGGAAGUCGAAGACGUGGCUUUUCUCACGGCCAUCAAUCACUACAGUAAGUGCGCCCGCGUUAAACGUAAUGUAAUAAAUAUAACGCCUAGGUUGCACUUUCGUGUUAUUGUGUACCCGUACACAAUGUUAUGUCGCGCACGUACGCAACGCAAUCAGUGGCGUAGUCGGGACUUUUUCUCUAUGAGGGGGGGGGCGAGGAGAGGGGGUUUAUUUUGCGUUUGUAUGCGACUUUGAGACUUUUUUGUGCGCGUGUAGCACAUAGGUACCCGGGUACUCAAUAACUAUCCACGCGUACCUAACACAUCUCGUAGAAAUCUGACGCGUACAACUACGCGCGUAGUAAAAAUGUUUGACGUAAAUAUCGUCAAAGCGGGGUGUCUGAACAACGAAACACCAUUUACCCCCCCCCCUCUUACGCUACGCCACUGCUCGUAGGUACUGCAGCAGUGUGUAAAGUGCCGACGCACAGUGGCGGUCUGAAACGUGCGUUUGUACGGCGAAACCCCUCCACCGAUUGAAAUUUAAAUUUUUAAUAUGGUUUUCAAUUAAAACGCUUAAGUACACACCCCGAGGAAUCUUAUUAAUAGGUAGGCACGGAAAUUCAUGUUUGCACAUUUACUCGAAUCGCGACGGUUUACAUAGGCACGUUUCUUUUAUGUUAAAAUCGUUAUUUUAUCAAAAGUUUCAUUAGUCUUCAUGAAUAUUUUUUUUUUUUUUCAUGUAACAUCCAAUACGGUUGAUUUGAAGUUUAAGUACCCGGAUACCUUGAAAUAAGUAACAAACAUAGUUAAACGUUUUUUCCAUUCCCCCUCCCUCCGUGUAUUUUUUAUUUAUUUUUUUACUUUUUUUUUUUUUGUUAACUUUGACAGACCGUUUCUAAGCCUUGCACAAUUUUAUCACAAUAUUGAAUACAUAUACUGUUUAAAAAAAAUGUCCAGCUAUUCAAAGUUAUGAUUUUUGUAAUUAUUUAUUUAUCAUAUAUAGAACCUAGUAUUUUUUUUUAUGAAAAAUUAAUUUUGCUAUUUUCAUUAAUUUUUGGUUAAAGUUUGCCCUUGGCUUAACGUUAUAAAUCUACAUUGUUUACAAGUGUUCAGAAUUAUAUUUUUCUUAGCCCUUGUGUGUUAAAUAUUAUUAUUUUAUAAAUUGUGUAGGUAUUUCAAUUAAUUAGCCUAUACAUCUUAUACCAUAGUAUCUAUGUAUCUAUCAAACAUAGAUAACUCAUCCGAGAGUAAGUUUUAUUUAAACAUUUAUUUUACUGUAGCAAAUUAAUUUUCAAACUAAACAGUACCUAUAUCUGUAAUACAUAUAAUUUAUACAUAAUAUAUCCACAUAUCAUUCAUGUUUAUCAGGUGGUGAUCCAUUUAGAUGUGUACACUCAUAAUCUCUGAAAAUAUUAUCUUUUUCUGGAAUUUGUUUUCUAGAAGAUAAAAUAAGAUAAAGAAAGAAUAAAAAGAAAAAAUAAGCUGCUCUACAGUUUUAUAUUUAUGUUAUUUUUUGGGGUAAAACCACUACCUACUUUUGAUUUUCAAAUGGCAACCUAUAUUAAAAAGUCCAUAAAUAGACGGAGUAUUUGUUAAAAUAAAUUUAAGUGUUGACAUUUUUGAUUUUCGUUGAUUCGUUGACGAGAUAUUCCACUCUUAAUUUUGGGUUGGAGAAGAGUAAUGAAGUGUCAUUUGUGUGGCGAUACGGCGCUCGGCGUGUUAUUAAUGUACCACUACAACUCUCUUACAACCUAAAAUGGAACCUAAAAAAUAGAAUACCUCGUCAACGGCUUGAAGAAAAUAAUUUCAACAUUCAAAUUUGUUUUAACUAAUACUCCAUAUAUUUAUGGAAUUUUUAAUAUAGGUGCUAUUUAAAAAUUAAAAGUAUUUAGUGGUUUAACCUAAACCAUUUUUUGGUUAUUUAAAACAAUUUAAAACAACUAAGUUUAACCUUCAAAAUUAAGGGUUAAUAAAAAUAACAUAAACAUAAAAUUGUAGAGCUAGUUGUUUCUUAAACAUUCUCUAGAAAACAAAUUCCGAAAAAAGUUAAUACUCUCUAAGAUAAUAAGUGUACUCACUUAAAUGGAUCAUCCGAAAUGUAUAUUUUUUUUUUGUUUAAAGUUCGAAAUUUUACAUACAAAAAGAAUAUUUGUGUUUUGAACCGAGAAUUAUUUAAAUUUAUACGGCAGAACAAGUAUUUAGCAUCAAUUACAUCCCUUAGUUGUAUAAUUUAUAUUUUGCUAUAUAAAAGAAAAAUGUAUUGGUUUGAAGUGGAAUGAUACUUGUAUUAAAUUAUUAGAAAGUAAAUUACUAAAUUUUACCCAGGCAUCCUCAAAAAAUGUUCGAAAUCAUGUUGUUAUAUAAAUUGAUUUCUUGACUUUCAUUUUGAAUGGCUUGAUAACAAAUUUGAAUUUCCCCUCACAAGAUGCAUUAUGCUCAAUAUGCUUCUAGUCUCAUCCAAUUUUACCUAUAUCUCUUCGAUUAGAUAUUUACCAGAAAAUUAUAUAGGAGAUUUUUCUGAUAUGGAAUUAAGUGAUUAAAUAAUAGUCACAAAUUGUUUAAAAAUUUAAAAUUAAAACUGUAACUUGAUAUAAAGUGAAUUAUUUACUAUUAUGAUUAUCAUGUUUUGUUUGAAUUAAAUAAUUUAUGUACACUAGAACCGUGCACAGAUGCAAUUGAAAAUUAUAAAUUUUAAUAGCUGGAAAAUUUCUGUACAUAAGAUUUGCAUUGAAUAAAUUACGGUGAAGUUGAGACAUUUUUAAAAACAGUCUGUCAGAGUUAAAAAAGCGGAAAAAAAUGAAAAAAUCUGUUAAAUACGCGGAGGAAAAAAAAGGAGCUGUUACUGGAGAUGAUUGCAACCACUGAUAUAGGGGGGAAGUUGGAAAGGUAGAAUUUAUAAAGUUGUGUCAUUUAUAUCUGUACGCAACUAUAAACCAUUGCUAAAGAAAAAUGAUUCGGAGCGAAAUUCGAUAAGACAUAAUUUGAAAUGCUGUAAUUUUUACAAUUUUCAUCAAAUUGAUCUUAAAAUGCUUCUGAAAAAUAAACUAAUGCAUUAAACUCAAAUAUGUUUUUUAGAACCCUAAGUACAACAUAAAAUGUAUUUGGUGUCAAAUUUUCAAGCAUUUCUCUUAAUUCAUAUAAUUUUAAUAACAAUUACCUAUCAUUGUUACUAUAUUAUUAAGCUAAUCUGUAUUUACUUUAAAAAUGAUGUCUAAGUUCAUUAACUAUUUUUAUAAUUUUGUUUAAUUACUUAAACUAUAUAUACGAAAUUUUAACCUUAAGCAUGAGUUCAUUCAAUCUUGCUGUAUUCACAAAAAGGUUUUUACCCUUUUAUUAUAUAAUAAAUAAAUAAACAACCUAAAAAUAGCUAGAAUAUUUUGAAAAUUCUACCAUUUUUACAAUAGAACAAUACAAUCAUGUUUAACUAAAUAACAUUAAAAAAAUUCCAAAUACCGUAUAUUUUAUACGUUUUUCACGGUUUUUCGUAACUAUUAGGAAAACUAUAUGGAAAAUCAAACAACGAGUCUCUUACUCGGUAAACUCGAUCUCGUGUCAUUUUUCGAUUAGAACAAUAUUUCUGGUUGAAAAUAUCGUUUGCAAAAAUUAAAAACAAUGAAGACGGUGAUGCCGCGGGUUUUCGCCGUGUAACUUCACGUUUCAGACCAUUGGUACGAGGCAGAGUCUGUACGGUAUAGUCCCGAUUUAAACGUCGAUAUUGAACUCAACAAUACUAUUCUCGCAAAAUCACACAAAAAUUUCAAGAUUAUAAAACACGAUGGACUGGAUGUUGCUCCGGGCGGCGGCGUUUAACACCUAUGAUCAGGCCGUCCCCUCGUUGUGCCGCUAUCCGUGUCCUAGCUGUGGUCCGGCGUGCCGUAUCCUAGGAAUUUAUUUUUACAUAAAUUAAUUUAACAUUAAAUAUAGGCGUGCGGGUGACGCACUUUAGCUUUGAUUAUAAUAUAUGAUAUGGCCGCGUGACUUUAUUUUAUGGGUAUUUGACUAAUUUAUUUAUUAAAAACUGCCGGACUGGUUCAAAACUAUUGCAGGUAUUGAACACACUCUACGGAGACUUUUUGCACAGCUCCGUAGUCGAUUUUCUGCAGGUCUAACCUUCGAGUCCGGGCGCACAUCACGCCCUAAUAAUACCUAUCGCGCGGGAAACUGUGCGCGCGCGUUAUAACAACAGUAUGUCAGUGGCGCAUACCGGGGGGAUCUGGGAUGUCAACUGACACCCCUCAGAAAUUUGGUGAGUGCCCGGUGCCAGAUGAGUUUAGAUGUUAUUUCUAUGUAUAUUAUUUGUUUAGCAUUAAUUUGUAAUUGAGUUUUAUUAUGCCUAAACUCAUAUUUGACUAGUGGGGUGGGUGGAUACCUAUAGAUAUUUAUAAUUUCGAUACCCUUGUGAAAAACGUACUGUGCGCCACUGGCUAUAGUAUAAUUAACGAUGCAGCGUAAAGAGAGACUUUGGAUUUUCGGUCGAUUCUUACAGAUACCUACGCCGCAUGAAACUUAAGUCGUUUUCUUUUACCAGGAGACAAUCAAGACAUGAUACACAAGUCGGGGAUUUACGAGCACACGGCCGUCACGGCGUGUUCCCGGAGGACCGCUUUGAUAGUGGCCGGCGCCACUCUGUUCCUGAUGUUUUUGUGUUCGGUUGUCAUCGCCUACGCCGGACCUCAAAACGGUUAGUAUGUCUAUGUCCAGUGGCGUGGCCAUGAUUUAUCAACGGGAGAUUUUAGGGAUCUACAACCUUUUUGGCCUUAACUACAGCUAUGAAUAAACGAUAAGGAGGGACGAGGGGGGGGGGGGUACAAUAUCCGAAACUCUCCUCCCGGCUAUGCCAUUUUAUCGCUAAUGUUUACAACCCUUAAACCCAAGUACGUACAAUAAUAUCGUUAUAAAUUAAUAACAGUAACCUGUGCGAUCGCGGUAUCCAGUAAAAAAAACAGAUAGGUAAUACAUUAUACCCACCCACGUCGUAUUAUAUUACCUGUAUUAAAUUGUGUAUUACGUUCGCUCGAAUACGAUCGUUUCUCACGCGAUUAUCCCGUAGGUGUGUAUAACACAACUACCUACUUAUUAUUACUUAAUCGGGGGGUGUUUAUUGUGAUUAUUAUUAUUUUUUUUUAUUUAUUUAUUUAUUUUUUUUUUCAAGAAAUCCGCUCACACUUAAUACAACCGAUAAGCCUUUUUUCUCGACCCUACACCCCUUCUCGAAAUUUGAUUUAAUUUAUUGUAUCGCGGUCAUUAAGUCACCGAAACAACAACAAUCUAUAUGUAUAUAGGUGUAGGAUAGCUAUUAUGUAUGGUACUUGUGUAAUAUUUAUUAUAUACAUUUACAGUAGACAUGCACACGGCGUAUAAAUUACGGUUAUAGGUACGGUUAUAUCUAUACGCCCGGUUAAAAAAAAUAAUAGCAAUUUAAUAUCGUUGUUGCGUGUCGCAACAAGUGUUCGUUUGUUUUAUUUUUGUCAUUUCUGUACACAUCGUCAUUAUGCAUUAAGUCAUUGCUUAGGUAAGUUACCCAUAAUAAUAUAUAUUAUGCUCCGAACUUGCCUGUUGUAUACAGGUGCUUACUGCCUAUCCUAUAUAAUAUUAUAUUCCGCGGAACAUCACUUAAUAAUUGAAAGGCCCAGACGUCCAGUGCAACAACCGGCUAUGUCCAAAUUUUCGAAAAAACGUUGUAUUGUGGUUUCUAGAAUAAGGAAAACAUGCCGCACAUUUCGGUAUAACGAACAGUCAUGUCCGAUUAUUAGAUACGGUGUUAUUAGCAAAAUGCACUUGCCUGGUUUUUAAAUUUCAGUGCAAAAACCAUGCAUGUCCGGACAUACCAUGUUUUUGCACCGAUUUGACUUAAAUUUUUCUUUAACUGAAAAAAAAAAUUAAAAAUUAUGAGCAAGAAACAAAGUAAGUCCGUAAUUGUAUACUAUUUUAUGUCCAUAGUAUUCUCUGUGUUAUUAGAACUGUAAUUGUAAUACGUAAUUUGAAUAAAUAUAGAGGAAUGCUACAUAUUUUCUUAGUGUAUGCUAAAUAUUGAUGAUUUAAAACAAUUUUUUUUCUCUCCUGAAAAUUUGUCAAAAGUGAACAUAGCUGGUUGUUGCACUGGACUCGUCAAUUAUUAUUUGUCGACGGGUCUUUGGCAGAGCUCGCUCCAGUCCCACUAAUUGGCUGCCGUGGCAAGUACAAAAAUAACAAUAUAAACUGUUCUGCAUUGAAAAACUAUCACUUAAAAAUAAUAAUCGUUGCAUAUCUGUGCUACUUGUCUUUUCAUAAGCGAGUUUAUAAGUACUUAAUAUAUACGGAGGUAUAUAAAUUCCUAAUUGGUUUUUCAUAAAUAAUAUAAUACGUUCCAAUUCGAAUACAAUAUUGAUAUACCCGUAGAAAUUUUUGAAAAGUUAAAUUUAUACGCUGAAAAUAUCCAAUACUAACAUACUAUAUAUACUUCGCACGUUAGGUGGGCCACUGUUGUAGGUGAGAAUUUGGGAAGGUAUAGGAUAUAGAGGACGAAUUUAAUUUAUGUGUGCGCGUAAUGAUUAAUCAUUGCUAACAAAUGCUAUUCCGGGUGGGGUUCGGUUAUAUACAGGGUGAUUUUCUAAUCAUGAACCAGCAAUUAUCUCGGGAGUUUUUUUAGUGAAUUUUUGUUUCUGUUUUUUCUAAUCAUUAUGGAAUCGUUUAAUCUAUAACCCUUUCCUACUCCUCCGGUCUAAACUUUAAAUUGUUAUAACUCAUAAACGGUAAAUCCGAUAUUAAUGUUAUGCAUAUGAAAAUGUCUAGAAAAAUAUUUUCUAUUCAAAUAUAUGUUGAAAAAGGGGGGGUCCCAUUUGAAAAUAAAAAGUAUCUACUUAUUUAAGGUAUUUGAAGUAGGGUAAAAAAUUAAAAAUGGUUUUAAAAUAAAUCUUCAAUGAUUCCAUAAUAAUUAGAAAAAACAUAAAUCAAAUUCACUCAAAAUCAUCUGAGAUAAUUGCUGGUUCAUGAUAAGAAAAAUCACCCUGUAUGUUCAAAAGACCGUAAUAUUUACGAUUUUAAAAUAAUUAAUUUCGUACAUAUUCCCGUUACUUUUUUUCCCCAUUUAUUAUAAAAACCCCGAAAAAAAUUACCUUUCUAUAGUACCACCCCUGUCAGAUUUCCUUUCAGAAAAAGUGCUAUAAUUGAAAAUCUGGUAGAAAAGUUGUUCACAGAUAACAAAAAUAAUUUAAAAUAAACAUCAUUGUAAAAUCAAUACAUUCCUCGCUCCGUUCAAAAUCUAAAAUAAUAUUUUGCAAUAUUGUUAAAACCUAAACUAAUAUAGACGCUAAUGUAAAAACAAACACUUCUUAAUAAUAGUUCUUGUAGGUAAAUCUACUUCAGUACUACUGUUUGUAUUAAUUCAACUACUUAUAGGUAAAGCCAUAUAGGUAAAUACCUAAGUGAAAUAUCACGGUAUUAAAAAGUUUUAUUUAAUCAAUAACAUAUUGUUCAAUAUAAUUAGAUUAGGUACCUACCUACGUAGAUAAAAUACAACUAGUUAAACUUUAGAAUAAACGAAUAUUAUAUGCAGAUGAACAUUGUCGUUUGUAUAAGUACACUAACCUAUACCUAUAUAGUAGAUAGAAGUGGCGGCGUAAACGGUUAUCUUAUGAAGCAGCUGCUUCGUGAAUAAAUUAGAUGGAUAGGUGUAUAUGUGACAAUGUAUUAUAGCUCAUAAGAUAUGUUAACGAAAAAGGUAAAGUACUGGAACAUGAUAAGUACUCCAUUAUAUAGCCCCGGUUUACAACCCCUAAUUCUGCUGGACUUAUGUUGUGCGAGGUUUUUCGUAAUUUUACUGAAACUUUUUAAUUGGGAAAAAAAAUUUCACGCCGCCACUGGUAGCUAGUAUUUCAAUGAAAAAUUACACUCGCGUGUAACCCGCAGCACAACUUUUAGCCCAACUCAAUAAAGUGAGAACGUCUUUAUUAAUACCCAUUUAUUAAACGUAUGUUUGAACGUGUUGUGUUAAAUUAUUAGAUGCAGUUGUAUUGUAUUUCAAGUAAUCAUUUGUCUAUGUAUAAAAUAAUAAAUUGGACGAGUUAAAAAUGGUCUAUAAAACGUUUGGACUGAUCAUAUUAUAUUUGCGCGUUGACAUAAUUGUAACUAACAAAAAGCAACUAUAAACACGUUCAGAAUCUAUAAAGAAAAACGAUAUAGGUACAUUUACCCAAGACAUUUUCAUCCCGCUGGUGUUUUACAUUUGUUUCUUACCUAUUCGUAUAAGCUAAUUUACUAACCUAACCUGAUCUAACAAUAUCAAGAUAGUAAACGCGUUUGACCGUAAUAUUUAGAUUGUCCGUGCAUCGGCGAAAAACCGAUAUUUUUACCCGACGACGACGGUGUUAACAGAUCUCGAUCAAUUACACCGAUCGCCACGAACGGCGAAAUAUUUCCGUGGAACAACGUGCGUCUACCAACUUUCGCCAGGCCUUAUAGUUACCACAUAAGAAUACAUCCGAAUCUAACCAGCUUGGAUGUAAAAGGUAAAUAUCGUCGUUUAUACAAUAGAUUCACCUAUAUGGUAUAAUAUAAUAUUACCUGCUGCGCCGUUAUUAAUAUAGGCGUUUCGAUUUUAUAGGUCAAGUGUUAAUCAAUUUCACACUCACCCGGGACUCGAAUUACAUAGUCUUCCAUAGUAAAAAUCUAACCAUAUUCGAAAAAGUGAGUGUUCGCGGAAACGAAUAAAAUAACGUACCGAAUGUCAUCACGCCAUCUUUAUUACAAAUUGUUUAAUAAUUUAAAUGUCAAACAGCGUUUGGUAAAUGCAGAAAAUCUGGACAAAUUUUACAAAGUAUCCAGAAUGUUGGAAUAUUCGGCCGGCCAACAGAUACUAUUAGAAUUCGAAGAAGUAUUGUCCGCAAAAGAGAAUUAUACGUUAAUAAUAAAAUACACGACUCGGUUAAGCCGAGAAUUGGAAGGUUUUUACUUGAGCAGUUAUACGACCAGUAAAGGCGAACGCAGGUGAGCGAAGUUGAAUACAAGACUUGCGGGUAUUACACAUGCAGGGAUGGGCAAAAUACUUCAAAAAGAAUACCUAUAGAUACUCGAUACUAUAUACCUACAUUGAAUUUUAGAAUCUAAAUACAAGAUACUGUAAAUACUUAUGUGACAAAUGUAUUGAAAUACAUGAUACAUAUAUAUAUUCAUUGUAUGUACCUAUUUGAAUACUAAAUACCUACUCGAUAGUCGCGAUGCAUUCAAAUUACAUUUUUCACGCAUCUUAAAAGAUUUAGUAGUUAUUUUUUUGAACCAUUUUUCAUAAUUUUCAACGGUUCCGUUCAUUUCCGUAGAAUCAUUUUCGGUUAUUAAUGUUGUUUUUUUUUUUCGAAAAGCCAUGAUGGAAAAUGACUCGGCUUGCGGAAGCCUAUGAGCAAAAUACUUCAAAUUAAGUAUCUAGAUACUCAACACUAGAUACAUUGAUUUCAGUAUCGCAAUACAAGAUAGGAACUCGGUACUUCCCAGAACUGUAUCGCGGUACAAGAUACAAUUGGAUCCAAGAUAUGUAUUUAAAAUACUUGUAUCGAAGAUACUGCCCAAUCCUGUAUACAUGUCCAAUGUCUAUGACCAUCAUGUAGGAACUUAAAAUAUAUUUUAUAAAUAUUUUAGAUAUUUGGCUACGACCCAUUUCGAACCGACAUAUGCGCGUUCGGCGUUUCCGUGCUUUGACGAACCUCAAUUCAAAGCUAGAUUUAAAAUGUCGAUUUUGAGGAACAGAUUUCACAUAGCGUUGUUCAAUAUGCCGGUCAAAGAGUCCGUGGACGACGGACUGUACAUGGGGGUCGGAUUGGUAAGAGUAUUACUAUUAUUAUGUAUCAUGGUCGACUCAAUAAUACACCUAAUAAUUGAUUAUUUGAUGAUUUUAGAUGCGGGAUGACUUCGAAGAGUCCGUAGAGAUGAGUACAUACCUUGUAGCUUUUGUCGUUUGCGAUUACGAAUUCCAACACGCCCAAACCAAAAAUGGAGUCGCGGUGCGAGUAUAUGCGCCACCCGAAUUAUUGUCUCAGACAUCGUUUGCUUUGAACACCGCCACCAAAAUCAUGGAUCAUUAUACAGAAUUCUUCGGAGUACCGUAUCCACUACCAAAACAAGGUUAUAGAUAUCUAGCCACUAAUCACUAAUGUGUAAUUCAUAAUAGUUACCUAUUAUACGAUUAUUAUAAUAUUAAAUGUGUGUGUUUAUAGAUUUGAUCGCUAUACCGGAUUUUAGUGCCGGAGCAAUGGAAAAUUGGGGUCUGAUUACGUACAGGGAGACUUCAAUACUUUACGACCAAAACGAAACGUCGGCUUUUGCACACCAAUGGGUGGCGGUGGUAGUAGCACAUGAACUGGCCCACCAAUGGUUUGGAAACUUGGUGACAAUGCGUUGGUGGAACGACUUGUGGUUGAACGAAGGAUUUGCGAGUUUUUUAGAAUACCGUGGUGUAGAGCAUGUGAUGCCUGGGUGGUCGAUGAUGGCCCAGUUUGUGUUAGAUAAAACUCAGCAAGGUUUGAGACUCGAUGCGUUGUCCACCUCACAUCCUAUUAGCGUUAGCGUUCAUGAUCCAGUAGAAAUCGAAGCUAUAUUUGACUCGAUAUCUUACAGCAAAGUAUAAAUAUGACUAAUUAAAAUGUUAAGAACAAUAGUUUUAACUUUGUAAAAAAUGUUUUCAAAGGGAGCAGCGAUUUUGUACAUGUUAGAAAAAUUCCUUGGUUUGGAAACGCUACGAAGCGGAUUAAAUGAUUAUUUGAACACCCAUAAAUACGGUAAUGCAGACACCAAGGAUCUAUGGAGUGUGCUGAGCAAACACGCAAACGAAACAGUACAAGUCAAAGUAAAUAUAUUAUUACAAAUAUGACUAGAUUUAUGUUUUAGUUUUAACAAUUAUUUUGUUUAGGCCAUUAUGGAUACUUGGACCCGUCAAAUGGGUUUUCCAAUGAUUAAAAUAAGCCGAGAAAAUAGUUCAUCUUCAAGUAAUGUAGUUUCGUUCACAGCAAUGCAAAGUAGAUUUCUAUUGACUUCAGAAAUCGCUAACACAAUAAAAAAUAGAGCGGAACCAUCUCCAUACGAUUAUAAAUGGUUUGUUCCAUUGAGCUUUUAUACAGACAUUACCUCUUACCGUGAACAAGAAGUGGUCUGGAUGAACAUGACUGAUGGUUAGCAUUUAAUAUUUAUAGUAUUAUACUUAAUUAAAGUACCUAUAUAUAUAUGUCCAUUAUACAUUUAAUGUUUAAUAAAAAAAAAAAAUUUUAAAUAAUAUUUAUAAAUGAAUAUUGAUAUUAUUUUAAAUUAAAUUAGGUAUAUUUAUAUUUAUAAUUAUUUUUUUUAUUUUUAGAAGUUUAAUUUUUUUUUUUUUUUUAGUUAGAUUUGAAGUAGAUCCAAAAGUGCGGUGGUUGAAAGCAAAUGUCAACCAAUCAGGUUUUUAUCGAGUAAAUUAUGAUGAUGGAUUAUGGAAUGAACUAAUUGGACAGCUUAAUCUAAAUCAUGAAGUGUUCAGUGCUGCUGAUAGAGCUUCCUUAAUUGAUGAUGUGUUUACCUUGUGUAGAGCAGGAGUACUCAAUGUUACUGUCCCUUUGGAAUUGUCUAAAUAUUUGCGCAAAGAAAGAGAUUUUGUGCCAUGGGCAACAGCUCUUGCACAUUUUCAAAAUUGGAGCAAGUUCUUAUCAGAAUCUUCGCCCUACAGACUUUUUUUGGAUUAUAUGAAAAGCCUUCUUGUUCCAGUUGCACAGUCAGUUGGAUGGAAAGACAAUGGAACUCAUUUAAAAAAGUAUAUAUUUAUCAUAGUUAUACUAGAUGGUUCAUUUCAUUUGAUGAACAACAUUUAUUAUUUCGCAAAAGUAUUGAUUUCUUUGAAAAUAUUUUUUUUAACAAUAUAAGAAACAAGAAGUUUUAAAAUGUUAAAUUGCGAUUAUUUUUUGACCUUAUUUUAGAGGUGAAACGACUACGUACUUUUGAUUUUCAAAUGACAACCCAAAUUAAAAAUGCCAUAAAUAUUAUAGUUCAAAUACAUUUUGGCGUUGAAAAUUUUGAUUUCAUUAAUGUAUUAACGGGAUAUUUCACUUUUAAUAUUAAGUAGUGGGAGAGUAGUGGAGUAUCAUUUGUGUUGUGGCAUAAACGUACAAUGUUUGAAUAGUGUUCCACUACUUUCCCGCUAACUAAACUUAGAAGUGGAAUGUCUCAUGAAUACAUUAAUAGAAAAUUUCAACCCUGCAACGUAUUUAAACUAAUUUUCUAUCUAUUUAAGGAAUUUUAAAAAUUAUGUACACCUAAAAAUAAGGGUGACAAAAAAUGGUGGUAAUGUAAAUCUUAUUAUAAUUUUACUUGUUUUUUAAACUGUCAAAACAUUUUUUUGGAAAAAGUCAAUACUUUAUGAAAUAAUGAGUGUUUUACAAUAAAUGAAUCAUCUGGUAAUUGUUGUUUAGGUUUGGGUUAUUAACAAAAAAAAUUAAUUUUUAUAAAACUAUAAAAUGAUCUAUAGAUACACGGGUAUAUGUUUGUAACAAGUAUAAUAUAAUAUGUAAAUUCAAAACAUCAAUAACAGAACAUUUAAUGUUUCAUAUUUUUAAUGAAGUAUAUAUUAUGUGUGGUGUUUUUAGAUUGAUGCGAUCUGAUAUUUUGGCUUCGGCAAUAUUAUGUGGAAUUGAAGACGUUGUAAAAGAAGCAAAAAACUUAUUUGAUGAAUGGAUGAAUAAAAACAUACGUGUACCACCAAACUUGAGAGAAGUUAUUUAUUUGGCAGGUAAUACAUUAUCUAAUUUAUGAUAUUUUGUUAGAAUAUUAGGUAUUUUAAAUAUUUUAUUUAUAGGAAUAAGAUAUGGAGAUGUCAAAGAAUGGAAUUUUUGUUGGGAUAAAUAUAAUGAAAGUCGUGUGCCAAGCGAACGUAAAUUACUUCUGAAAGUACUUGGUGCUUCCAAUGAUCCUUGGUUACUUCAGAGGUAAUAAGCCUUAAUUUUUUUCUAUAGUAAGCUAAUAUUUUAAAAUUUUUUUUUUUUUAAUUUUAGAUAUUUAUUAGCUACGUUGGACAGUACAAAAGUAAAAGCACAGGAUUUAAAAAUGGUAUUAGGCGUGGUUGCUUCACAAGGAUCUCAAGGUCAGCUACUAGCAUGGCGUCAUCUGAAGGCUAACUGGAAUAAUCUACAAUCACUUUUUGGAAAUGGAACUUUCACAAUGGGAGGCCUGAUAACAGCAGUUACAUCUCAUUUUGCUACUGAAUAUGACUUCAAAGAAGUAUCAGAAUUCUUCCAUAACAUAGAUGUUGGUUCAGGAACCAGGGCUUUAGAACAAAGUUUGGAAAUGAUUCAGCUGAAUGUGCAUUGGGUUAAAAAUAAUGAGGCCCAAAUAUAUGAUUGGCUAGUUAAAAAUAAAAAUAAUAAAAACUAA